GUUUGGCGACGUUGCGUCAUAUGAAUGCGCCGUGUGAUGCGUCUGUGUUUGGACUGAAGAAAGAAAAAUUCCUGGUGAAGUGACGGAGAGCCACGUGAAUAUUAUAAAGAUGUCAUUUAUUAAGGAGGAGAAUGAAGACAUGAAGAUUGAAGGAGCAUUAAGUGUGAAGCAAGAAGAUACUGACACACAGUCAGACCUGAUGAUCCCUAAAGAGGAAAGUGAAGAACUGAAUGAAAUGGAAGAGAAAGACCAGACACAUAAUUUCAUGACCGAAGAACAAUCCAUACAGACUAAAAAUAUUUCCUCACAAAAAAAGACCAAUAUAACCAAAUCGAAAUGUUCUUUCAUCUGCCCACAAUGUGGAAAACGUUUCACUCAAAAAGCAAACCUUAAAGUCCACAUUAGAAGUCACACUGGAGAGAAGCCAUUCACCUGCAAACUGUGUGGGAGGAGCUUCUCACGAAAAGAAAGUCUUAAGAUUCACAUGACAAUUCACACUGGAGAGAAGCCAUUUGUAUGUGGUCAGUGUGGAAAGCGUUUCAGAUGUAAGGAAAUCCUUAAUUCCCACAAGAGGGUCCACUCGGUAGAGACCCAUUUUAGAUGUCAUCAAUGUGGAAGGAUUUUCCGUUUCAAAAAAAACCUCAAUACUCACAUGAGAGUUCACUCUGGAGAGAAGCCUUACUCAUGCCAUCACUGCGGAAAGCGUUUCGUUCAUAAAGUAAGCCACAAGAAUCACAUGAAGAUUCACAAUGAAGAGAAGCCAUUCAUGUGUGCUCAGUGUGGAACAUGUUUCAAAUAUAAAGCAACCCUUAAUGCCCACAUGAGAGAUCACACUGGAGAAACUCCAUUCACCUGCAAACUGUGUGGGAAGAGCUUCUCACAUAAAGGAAAUCUUAAGACUCACAUGAGAAUUCACACCGGAGAGCAGCCGUUCACGUGUGAACAGUGUGGAAAGAGUUUCAGACGUAAAGAAACUCUCGAUUCCCACGUGAGAGUUCACACUGGGGAGAGCCCUUACAGCUGCAAAGUGUGUGGGAAUGGCUUCUCACGAAAGGGCAAUCUUAAUACUCACAUGAAAAUUCACACUGGUGAGAAGCCGUUCAUUUGUGACCAGUGUGGAAAGAGUUUUAGACGUAAAGAAACGCUUAAUUACCACAUCAGUAUUCAUUUAAGAGAGAACAGUUUAACAUGUCAUGAGUGUGGAAAGAGUUUCACAGAUAGUAAUCUCCUUAAGAAGCAUGUAGUCAUUCACAUCGGGGAUAAGCCUUUCAUGUGCUAUUUCUGUGGAAAGACUUGUAAAAGCAAAUCAAACCUUGAGAAUCACAUAAAGGUUCACACAGGAGAGAAGCCUUUCACCUGUCAAGAGUGUGGAAAAGGUUUUACAGUUAAAGGAAACCUUCACAUUCACAUGAGGGUUCACACCGGAGAGAAGCCAUACAAGUGUCUUCAGUGUGAGAAGAGUUUCACGUAUCCAAAAGACCUGAAACGUCAUAUGCACAUUAAAUGUGAGAAUAAAACUGCUGUGUUCUGAAUAUAGAAAGGUUUUCAAAGUGGAACAUUUUCAGAAAUCACCUGCACAUUCCCUCCUGAGAAUUUAAUUAGGAGUAGUGUUAAAAAAUCAUACAGAUAUUCUGAGACUUUAUUUUUGUUCUUUGUGCAAAAGAGUUUUUAAAUAUUUAAUCAAUUUAAAUUGUUAGCAGAAAAUAUGUAUAUGUUCACAAUACAUUUUCAUUGUAAAGAGCAUUGGUUCCCAACUACAUUCCUGGAGCACAUUUGCAUGCCUCUCUUAAUCAAACUCCCGAUUCAACUCAUUACAUUCAAAGACAUGCAAAGUGUGUUGAGUUGGGGGAUCUAGGAAUGUGGUUUGGUUUAUUUUUGAUUCCGUUUAACACCUCAAACAAAUUGUAGAUCAGGAAUGGGCAACUUUGGUCCUGAGGCUGUUCUUCGUACAUUGCUAAAGCCUGAAACACAGUGCAGGAUUUUCGGCUGUCCCAGACAAAAGAAUUGUAUUGUGAAACAAUCCUGGUGAUUUCUGUGAUCAUGCUGAUUGUUUUGUUUUUCUAUAGUAACAUGCGUCGUAUCGUAUUGUGGUCAACAGGUGUCAUUAUCGUACAGUCUACACACAUCAUAGCCAAGUUUAUUAGAUCCAUUUCACACAGUGUAACAUGCAGUGAUCUUAUAGGAUUGCUAAAAUCAUUCAGUGUGUCUUGGGUUGAGCUGGAUUUUAUUGUCGAUUAUUUUCACUUGAUCUUGGAUUAUUUUGUUCUUCGAAGAUCAACCCAGAGUUGCUGUCAUAGCAAUACGUUUGUAAAAUUAAUCCUGCUUAUUUCAUAUAAACAGGAUUAGAUUGC